AUGACCGCCCCAAACAUCCUCAUAAUAGGCGGCGGCAUAGGCGGCCUCUGCCUCGCCCACGGCCUCAAAAAACACCACAUCCCCUUCCACGUCUACGAGCGCGACGGAACGCAAGACUACCGCGCCCAAGGCUACCGCAUCCGCGUCGCGCGCGAAGCCGUCACCGCGCUCCGCUACCUCUUCUCCCCCGAGACUUGGCGCCUCUUCGAACUCACGUGCGCGGAGUCGGUGUUUUCCGACAUUCCCGAGGUGGAUGCUGGGACUGCAAAGGUGGAUUUGCCUCGCGUUGCGAAUGGGGAGAGUCCCGCUGCUGCUGGGGGGCGCAAUGGUCCGUCGAGCGAGUUGAAGGGGUAUACGGUUGAUAGGACGAUGUUUCGCCAGGUUCUGCUCAGGGGACUCGAGGAGCACAUGACGUGGGGAAAGGCGUUGAAGGAGUACGCAAUCACGGAUGACGGCGUCGUUGCUCGAUUCAGGGAUGGGAGCUCUGCGGAAGGGUCUUUGCUGGUUGGCGCCGAUGGUUCGCAUUCUGCCGUUCGAAAGCAAUUUUUGCCCGCGCAUCCCAUCUUGGACACAGGCGCUCGGUGCGUAUACGGCAAGACGCUGUUGACGCCCGAGCUCUUGAAGACGCUGGAGCCGGCGAUCACCAAAGGCGGAAUGAUGGUUGUCAAAGACCGCAGCCGCGAUCCCGUGACUGCGAUGAUCCUGGAACCCGUCAUCUUCACGCACAGAGAGGAGAUGUUGGCCGAGGGAAUCGAGGCUCCUCAUGAUUACUUGUACUGGGUCAUGGGCGCGAAGCCGGAGGCGCUCGGCCUUCCUCACGAAGGAAUGCCGACUUUGACUCCCGAGCAGUGCGAGAAGAUCGCGCGAGGUGUCGCACAGAGCUGGCAUCCACGCGUCCGUCCGGUCGUGGCUUGUCAGCAGCCGGGGCAAACAGCAGUACUCCAGAUCAAUUCUGUCCCCUCCGAUUUUGGCACGUGGGAACCGAACGAGCGGGUAACAUUGAUCGGUGAUUCGAUUCACCUCAUGGGGCCCACAGCUGGAAGUGGAGCAAUCACCGCGAUACGAGAUGCAGAGUUGCUUUGCAGGCUGUUGGUGGAAGGAGGCCAAGGCAAAGCGAUGAUCGCCAAGUAUGAGAGCGGCAUGCGGGAGUACGCGAGCGAGGUUGUGCAUCGCAGCUGGGCGGCGGCCGAGGUCAUCUUCAAUCAGAGGCAGGGCGAAGACAAGCACAUCGGCGAGGUGAUGAUAGCCACUCGGAAUGGCAAGAUGAAGUGA